UUAGCUUCUAUCGACUGUCGGGGAUGUGAGCCAGCAACGGAAACCUUUCUCAUUAACAACUUUAAUAACAUACUAAGAAAAACCCUGGACCAGGAGAGUGGUGCUUCAGGAGCAGGGGGGAUGAACCGUGAGGCCCCUGGCAAGUCUCCUGAGGAGAUGUACGUUCAGCAGAAGGUGCGGGUGCUUCUUAUGUUGAAGAAGAUGGGAUCAAAUCUGACGCCCAGUGAGGAAGCGUUCCUGCGAAACUAUGCAGGCGUGGUGCACAGUCAGUUGAGCCAACUCCCACAGCACAACAUAGACCAGGGUGCUGAGGAUGUGGUGAUGGCCUUCUCCAGAUCAGAGACGGAGGACAGAAGGCAGUGACCUAAACCAUGCUUUAUCUAAACCCAACACUGCUGAAUGACUGAGAGUGAGACAGAUGGGAGAGGAGCAGGUCUUUAUCAAGUCGCCUGUCCUAAUCCCCUGAAAUCUUCCUCAUUCCCUUUUCUUCCUCACACUAAUCGUCACACAGCUAGUGGUGCCUGGCUGUCAGAUCAGGUUGUAAAAAACAUCCUAAAGAGUGACUGGUUUGU